AUGGCGGAAUCGAUGCCCAAGGCUAUUGCAGCUUAUCAUGAACAAGCUAAACCUGUUUCCAGACCACAUGUUGCUCGGAAUAUUUCCAAUUCAGAAGAGUCUCAUAAUGAUUCUGAUCAUGAAGGGGCUCCGCACAAGUGUCCCUGGAAAGGCAACAGUGCCUCAGUCGGUAAAGGCAAGGCACCAGCCAAAUAAAGCUCAAACCUCUCUCCGCAGAGUGUUUCACUUAAAUUAAAUCAUUUUUCUGGCAGAGCCGGUCGCCAUAGAGGCCGAGCUACCGGCAGAUUUGCCUUCACAGGCUACAGGCCUCACCCAGCUGAGCCUUGGAACUCAGUUUAUACCCGUCCCUAUCAAAGACAACUGUUCACCAAUAGAGGAUCAAUCAGAGGAUGUGUGUCUGCUUCUCUCCGGGGUCGCUUUGCUCAAG